GGGACACAAUAUAACAAGUACAGCAAAUUUUGUUGAUGAGUUGAAAGAGUUAUGCAAAGGGGAGAAAAUCAAAACGAAGUAGAAUUCUUCGAUGCUGUUAAGGAAGGUGACAUUUUUUCGGUGAAGAGUAAAAUCCGCGACACCAACAAUCCAGUCAAUGUUAACGCCAUAAACUCGUAUGGAAAAACGGCACUUCAAAUCGCGGCCAAAAACAGUCACAAAGACGUCAUAGAUGAGCUUUUGGCGGCAAAGGCCGACUUCAAAAUGGCUCUUUUACAAAGCGUUGACCAACACGAUCUUGAAGAGAUAAAAAAUUUGGUGUCAAACCUUCCAGAAAACAUCAAGAUAUCAGACUAUAGCUUCAUCACGCCAACAAUAAGAGCAGCUCAAUUGGACCACUACGACAUUGUACAUUAUUUUAUAUUGCACAAGUACUUUAUCGAAAAGCCACAUGAGUGUGAUUGCAAUUGUGAAUUAUGCAAACCCAAGUCGGACAUGCUUCGUUCACAGAUUGCUAAAAAUCAUUUUGAAGGGCUUUCAAGUCCGGUCUAUAUGUGUUUAAGUUAUUUAGAAGACAAGACAGGCAAAACGGAAGACCCGCUCUCUCAAGCAUUCGCUCUAAAUUUGAAGUUACUCAAGCGCGCCAGAGAUGAUUUUGAACUAAAAAACGAAUACACCGAAUUGUCAAAGAAAUGCAAAACUUUCAUGACGGAACUGUACAAUUGUUGCAGAAACAUGGAGGAACAAAUGGCACUCAUGAAUGUCGAUUUCGACUGUAGUAGUGCACACAAAGGAACAAGCGAGGAACGUAAAGCUGUUGUGAAAUGGCUGACGAAAGUCAUUGAGAGCGAUCUAAAAGAGUUCGUGGCGCAUCCGCGUAGCCAACAACUGUUGAACAUGGUCGUGUACUCCGGCGUCCCAUGGAAUAUCCGAAGAAAAUCCACGACAUCUCUUCUUUUUGCUUUUAUUCUAUAUACCAUUCUUUUCCCACUAAUUGUGUUUAUAUACAUCUGCUUCCCCAAAAAAACGAUAGUGGAAAUCAUGUCAACUCCAUACGUGAAGUUUAUCAGCCACAUUUCGCAGUUCACGAUCUUUCUUUCGCUGAUUGCUGCCUCGUCAAUGCGCGAUAACCACACUCCAACAAUUAUAGAAUACUACAUUUUCCUAACCGUCGUUGGAAUGAUGGUUGAAAAGUUUGAUGAAAUGCUACGUCAAAAAGGAAAAAUAAAUAAUUUCUUCAAAUGGUGGAACAUUAUCACAAUCAUAAUGCUGACUUUCUUCCUCAUGGCGGGACUAACAUGGAUCGUCGGUUAUGUCGUUAAGGCGUACGGCGCUAAAAAAGAUGGAUAUAAGUUGCUGCUGCUCGGGAAUAGCUUUUUCACGGUGGCAAUUGUUGUCAGCGUUUUUCAUUUUCUUGACUUUUGUCAGGUCAAUUCCACAUUGGGACCGUUUCAGUUGUCUCUUUAUCGUAUGAUACAGGAUGUCUUAAAAUUUAUGCUAUUUUUUUCUGCCAUGUUUGUCGCGGUUGUCGUUGGUUUGAGAAAUCUUUAUUCGUAUUACAACAGCAUCCAAGAAGAGAUGUUGGGGCAAAACAAAAGCAAGGCAGAAAACAUCAACGAGAAUUUCUCGAAUCUUCAGGGAGUGAGUAAACAUCUGUUCUGGGCACUCUUCGAUAAAAUCGAUCUCGAAGACUUUGAUACGAAAGACUCACGCUUUGAAAUCACACAAGUAACAGGAAAACUGCUGUUCGCAAUCUACUCAAUCGUGGUUGUCUUCAUUGCUCUCAACAUGCUCAUUGCAAUGAUGAAUCAUUCAUACGAGUAUGUGUCGCAGGAGCAAGACAUUCAGUGGAAAUUCAGUCGUACUGAAGUGUGGCUGGAUUUCGUAAAGAAAGGGUGCACACUACCAGCUCCAUACAAUCUAAUACCGAACCCAAGAUUCAUCAAUCGCUUUUUAAAGAGAAAGCGGCAAAAGAAAUUGAGAAAAGAUACACUUAUUCCAGAACAACACGAAUUGGAAAAAUUAGAAGAGAGAAGAAACAUAAUGAAAUGCUUAAUCGAUCGAUAUUUUCAAAAACAAAAAGUUCAGAAAAAAGAAGCUUUGGCAACGGUGAAGGACAUCAAAGAAAGCGAAUACAAGAUCGUGAGAUUUAUGAAACAACAACAUCAUUCUCCCGUUAAGACUAUGUAAAACGUUUGACACACUUGUGCAAACAAAACGAACGACGAACGAAAAACUGGAUGUUUAAACGAAAGCAUGUCACAGCAAAAUAUUUCUAAAAGGCAAGUCUCGUUUGAUCUCUGCUAUUUGACUUCUAGUUUGUUAUGAACUUUGCAUGCUUUAUGUCUUCAAAUUGCCUCUUAUGGACCAUUUAUGUCUUCAAAUUGCCUCUUAUGGACAACAUAUCAGGUCUAUUUUUUCUCUUCCUGGUACAUUGUUCCGGUACGGUUUAACACCUCGGAAAACUGCGUGCAUAUACGAGAAAAAUGUCCACCCUCCCAGAAUAUCUUCCCGCACGUCGCACAGCAGUAAAACAGCUCAAUCUUAUCCAAUAUACUCUCGGGAAGAGCUUCAAUCUGUAGGCGAACGCCGCUACUAAGUUUUAAAGUGUUUACAUCUAAGGGAGGCGUAAUUUUUGAUGACCCAUUUGAAAUAUACUGAGGAAAUAAAUUGUUACUAACUUUGCA